UAAUAAACCUAUGGCGCAGCCUCAUUGAGACCAGUCCUUCCGUAUUCUCCUGAAUCCACAGUAACCAGCUUUUCACUAUCUAUCUGAGGAAACGCCACAGUAACACGAUGAGCAGUGAAAAAUACCCCCGGUCUUCUAUUGAAGACGACUUUAACUAUGGCACAAAUGUCGCUACAGCCAGUGUCCAGAUACGAAUGGACUUCCUGAGGAAGGUGUACAGCCUCCUGAGCCUGCAGAUCAUUCUGACCACGGCCACCUCUGCUCUUUUCAUGUUCUCUCAACCCAUCAAGGACUUUGUCCACGCCAGUCCUGCUGUGGUUUUGGUUUCGGCUCUGGGCUCUCUGGUUCUCCUACUGGCCCUGGCCAUGUACAGGCACCAGCAUCCAGUCAACCUCUACCUGCUGCUUGUAUUUACUCUGCUGGAGGCAGUUUCUGUGGCCACAGCUGUCAGCUUCUAUGAAUACUCCACUGUACUGCAAGCCCUGUUCCUGACCUGUGCUGUGUUUGCUGGACUGACAGCGUACACGUUCCAGUCCAAGAGAGACUUCAGCAAAAUGGGAGUAGGUCUGUUCACCUGCCUGUGGAUCCUCAUCAUUGCAAGCUUCAUGAGGUUCUUCUUCAACAGUGACAGCACAGAGCUGGUCUUGGCUGGAGCCGGGGCCCUGGUCUUCUGCGGCUUCAUCAUCUACGACACCCACCUGCUGAUGAAGCAGCUCUCCCCUGAGGAGCACAUCCUGGCCUCCAUCAACCUCUACCUGGACAUCGUCAACCUCUUCCUGCACAUCCUGCGUGUCCUCGACUCUAUGAAGAAACACUGAGAGCUGCAGAACCUCUUCAGCCUGCUUUACCCAGCUCCAACCAGCUUAUUCUCAGUCCUAACCUCCUCACUGGAAACCCACAGAUAUACCUGUGCUGCGAAUACCCGGUGUUCAUGUGAGUUUCACUGCCCUGAAGUUCAUCAAGAACUUUUGUAAACUAAAGAAAAGGCUUCUGUUUAUUUCAUCCCUCUACUUUUUGUAGCUGUUUGUUCUUUUGUAUUGAGGAGAUUUACAUCAGUGAAGUUGAUUGUUUUGAAACCAGAAUGUACUCAUCCUGUAAGGAGACAGCUCAGUGACUUAAACGUACACUACCUGAUUUGAUAUAGAUCCCACUAGCACCCCCACCUGGUCCACCGGCUGCUUACCCUGUUGUUUCAGUGCAAUAACAACUUUCCCUUUUCUGUUUGUCAGAGUAUAUUUUUCAGUACAGCAUUAUAUCAGAAGGGUUUCACAUCUGUCACUCUACUCAUUUAUUCUGAAACUGAAACUGUUGUUGAAUGUUUUCAGUGUUGCCAAAAAUAAGUAGCUUAUAUUCCAUCAGUGCGCUGCCCUCUCAUGUUCAACAGAUGUUAAUGUUGUACAACAGCAAGAAGAUGUUUCAUUGUAUGUUUAUUUUAAUGAAGGUUAAGUGCAUGCUUGGCAUUACUAAUACCCGUGGUUGUACAUAUUGUAUUUUUAUGGUGUAAAUGUAAUUUUUUGGGGGAAUCAGGAGCAAAACUCUGUGAUUAAUGUUCAAGUACUGUGGUUAGUGAAGAGUUGAAUCUAAAGCCUUUUAAUAAACAAUCUGUGAUUCUGUCCUGUGAGUGAUCCCGAGCACCAGGAUUUGGUUAAAUGUUGUGAGAGGGUUUGCUUCGACUGUUCUUAAAGCAUGAUUUAAUUAAAAAAAGACCACG